GCGUCACGCACGACGGACUAUGCGAAAGAGGGACUACUCGUAGUCUAGGUUGAGAGAGGCACGGUGGGAGUAAGAGGCACGGUGAGAGCAAAAGCACCACACUGUCUCCGGCAGGGCUCGGACUCAGACCGCUCGGGGCACUAACGAUGAGGCCACCGUACCUCCGUUGAUUCUGUUUCGUAAACGGACGAUGCCAUCAUUGGUAACCAUGCCUUUCAGAAUGGACGAUGCCUGCUUUUUUUAGGCCUGGACAAGGUAGAAACUGGUUAAAAUUCGUUGGUGGAGUCCAACGCACUCACCAAAUGCUUAAUUGUUUAUAUUCAAACUGGUUUGCUUGCGGUUAGCUUUUAUUGGAUGGUUGGGGCAGCUCUAUCAAUAUUUAAGAAAGUCAGCUUUUAAAAUUAAACUUGCGGAAAUUUGGCGGAUCAACCUGGUAGUAUAGUGGUAUAAGAGAUCAUAAGAGGGACGUUAGGAAACAGAUGUUCCGAGUUCGAUAUUUUGCGGUUACUUACAAAUUUUCCUUUUUCUUUAAUUUAGUAGGGAAAAAUUCGUUGAGAGUUAAAAAAAUUUCCAAGUGUCGCGAAAAUGGCAUCGACCGUUCACGAAACGGACAACUGCUGCGCCUCCACAUUAUUUUCUUAAAGAACAUGGGAAACCAUCUGCCAUUUGGUAAAUACGAAAUUAAAGUGGUUUCUUGGACAAAUACUGAUAUCUAAAUUUUAUUAAUUUCAUAGUGAGGUAAUGUCGCUCAAUUAUUUAGUAGCAGCUAGUCACUUUAAAUUAGUUUCCUGGCUCUAUGGCGACGGAUUUCUUCGCGCCAUUAGAAGAAUGAAGAAAGAAAACCACUGAGAUCCGGGUACCAAUACAUAUUAGAGACAGGUGGUUAACUAAACGCAUGGCACAUAGCAUCAAUCUAUUUUAUGACGUUUACGUCUUCUUUGAUUUUAUCAUCACUAGAAUUAAUUUGACGGGCAAACAACACGAAAGGGUUAAGUUUUAACACGAAAAUGAUAAUUAUAUGUAGACCUUAUUGCAAACAUCCGGGGAGCGAGCUCUGAAUUUCAAUCUUCUUCGUUUACAGGGGAUUGUCAUGGCGAGUAAAGAAGUCAGUUAUGAUCCAGAAAGAGAUGUACUUAACAGAAACGAAUAAAUAAAGAGCCUUGUAAAAUUUCACUGAAAUCGAUAACAGCCGGAGGCGAAAGUAUCGUCAUAAUACACGGUAGAGUGAGUAAAAACAGCCCAUUUAGUAUUUUAUGAAAAUAUUUACAUUUGGCAGGUUCGUAGCUCUUCGUGAAACAUUCUGCACGGCAAACGCACCGUGCCUUGUGGGAAUAUCAUGGAGACGCCAUCUUGUGAAGUACAUGUGUUGCAGUACUUUCCCUUAAACACCGAAGUUAGAGACUUCCGUGCGACAUACAUCGCUAACUGUGUCGUCAGCUGUUUCCUGUGUUAUAACGCCAUUAUGUUGAACAUUGUGACGAUCCACGCGAUAAGGAAAACUUGCUUACCAAAGACUUUGAAGACAUUGCUCUUAAGUCUGGCUGUUUCUGAUGUUUGUGUCGGCCUAUUGGGUCAGCCAUUUUACAUCUCUCUUCUGGUCAAAGGGCUACAACAAGAAAAUCCAGACUGCAACACUUACAUGGUUUUCGAUCUGAUGAUGGGUCUCUUUCCCAUAGCUUCGUUCCUGGGGGUCGUGGCUGUAAGCGUAGACAGGUUCUUGGCGAUUCAGUUUCAUCUCAGAUAUCAGGAACUUGUGACUUACAAGCGAGUUGUUGCUGUGGUAAUCUCGAUAUGGCUGACGAGUUUAAGCUUCUCUUUGGUAGCGCUGUGGGUUCCGUCCGAUGUUAAGUUCAUAAUUUUAUACGUUGGCGGAGCUGUGGGUUUCCUUCUUACAACGGCGGUCUACAUCAAGAUAUAUUUAGUCGUACGUCGCCACAAGAAUCAGAUUCAAGCCAACCGUGUACAACGAGAAGCACAGGCGAGUUGUGAAACUGCGAGUUUUGCUAGCCUUCGAAAAUCUGCAGUCGGUAUAUUUUAUGUAUAUCUCGUGUUUUGGGUUUGUUAUCUGCCUUUCUUUAUCUCCAUGGGACAUGGUAAUGGUUUGUUUCCAACAGCGUCUUUCUCGAGUGUUGUGGCUGUGGGCGUCGAUAGGUUGUUGGCUAUUCAGUUUCAUCUCAGAUAUCAGGAGCUCGUUACUUACAAGCAUGUAGUUGCUAUGGUUAUCUCGACAUGGGUGCUAAGUACGAAUUUUUCUUUGAUAACGUUGUGGGUUGCGUCCAACGUCAAACUGACGGUUUUAUGCCUUGGUGGAGCUGCUGGUCUUCUUCUUACAACAGUGGUUUAUACCAAGGUGUAUUUAGUCGUUCGACGCCACAAGAAUCAGAUUCAGGCUCAGCAAAUUCAACAAGAAGCACACACUGGUGAAAUGACAAGUUUUGCCUGCCUUAUUAAAUCUGCAGUCGGUAUAUUUUACGUAUAUAUCGUGUUCUUGAUCUGUUAUUUACCUUUGUUUAUCUGUUUGGUCGCCAUUCAAACAGUCGACAACCCGAGUAUCGCUAUAAAACGAUUUUUUCUUUUCUCUUCUACUCUUGUGUUUCUUAAUUCAUCCUUAAAUCCUGUAAUUUACUGCUGGAAGAUGAGACACAUUCGACAAGCUGUCUUGAAUUUACUGCGCAACAUAUCCCGUCGUAACUGAACGUCGCCGCCCACCGCACUCAUAGUAGAGACCGGCUUUGUUAUGCUGCUGUAUUCUCCAUAUUUACUGUUGUUGUUACCACGCCUUCUGUAUAUGAAGACAUGAUUGAUCAUCGCAGUU